CAAAGGGAGCAUCAAACAAUCUCGGACAGUUGGUGCCGAAAUUUUCACCCGGGAGCAACCUGUUGAACUUCUCGCGACAAAACGAGCAAAUAACAUCAAUUUUCAAGGUCACAAAACUUCAAAUGACACAGUUUGAUGGGUUUUUAACAUCUUUCAACGGUUCUAUUUGGUGAAUCUCUAAGAGAUUUCGAACUUAUUAGUUCCGGUUAGCUCGUGUCCCUGUUUUUAAAAUUUGGUAGUGAAGAAAUUUUGGGAAAUUGUUGGGCCAAGCAAUGUUACGAAGGGCUUAAUCAAAACAAAACCAGUAUAAAAAUAAACUCGAUUGGGGAGGCAGAAUGUUGUGAAGCACGUUGCUCUUGAAAGUUGGACCUCAGUGCGCAUGGCCGAUUUUUGACCUGGGACAUGAAUAUUUGGAGUGAAUGACGGAGCAGCAAAAUUGAUUCCCUUUGAACGUCCAAUUUACUGUGAAGAAAUCAGUUCGGGUUAAUUGUUUGUUAUAUUUAUCACUCGGUUUCCUUGUGGGAUGCAAUCAACUCAUAAAUGAAACGCCAUUGACAUUGCAAAGCAGAAAUAUGGUAACAUCAAGCACAAAAGCUCAGGAGUAGCAUAAAUGUGUGUCCUCUAAAGUGUAAUCUUGCAAGACUUCCGUACAAAACCUUUAGUACAAAACAACAAUUCCAAACUAGAAUAUAGCCAUUGAAAACGGUUCCAACCAAGGCGUGAUUAUAAAACUGUUUUAAUUGUUUAGUUGACAGAGAACCUUUUGGAAUUUCAUUUUCCAAAAUAAAAAUGGCAGCCUUGUUGAGAGCUUUCGGAAGCUUUUUCAACAAACACCCUUUGGCGGGAAAUAGUUUGGUUUAUGGAAGUCUGUACGUGGGUGCGGAAUUUUCCCAGCAAGUCAUCACGAGAAAAUUUCUGACUGAUCACCCGCAAGAUUUGGACAAACCCACUUUGGGUCGAUAUGCUAUAAUGGGAACUUUUGUCUACUCCCCUAUUCUUUACAAUUGGUACAAAUGGCUCGAUAAAACACUCCCCGGAAAUGCAAAACGGAUUGUUGUCAGGAAACUACUGUUGGAUCAAUUUAUUUUGACACCUCCAUUGCUGGUUAUUUUCUUCACAGGGAUGUCGCUGAUGGAACGUCAACCGAACAUUUUCGAGGAAUGCCAGCAAAAAUUCGUGCCUACAUUCGCCCGAUCCUGCCUGUUUUGGAUGCCAGCCCAAACGCUCAACUUCCUGUUGGUGCCUCCGAAAUUCCGCGUCGUGUAUGUCGGUUCCUGUGCCUUAGCCUGGGUUAACAUUCUGUGCUGGGUUAAACGCCAAAAGAUGACCUUGAAGAACGCACCAACACCGAACCAAACCAAAGCCAUCAAAUCCGAAAUUUAGAACAUGACAAAUGGCAUUUAGCUCAACAUACAUGUGUAACUCAUCAACGGUUCUGCAAAUGUUUUUGAACGAUUGAUGGAAAACUGUUGAACAUUUACUCAACCGACUACGAAUUUAGAUAGGACGCAUUUUAAAAUAAGCAAAUGUUAGGAAGCAACACGCAAGAAAGAAAAAAUACAAAACAACAAUUUUAAACGUUUUCACAUUUUUUCCUCUCGAUUGAAAUGUUUAAGUCAUUUAUUAUCGCUGUUCGCGUAUUUUUCUUCCCGAAUAUAAAAUGGAAACUUUAUAACAUCAACAA